GGAAGAGGAGGACGAGGAGGAGGAGGAUUCUUUCGGCCAGGGACGACUGCCCCGGCCAUGGUGAAGCGGCGGCGGCCGCUGCCCAGGAAUCAAACGGAGCAUAUCGAACUAGCAGCACUAGCUGGUGAUGCAGUAAGCAUGAGUAAGCACAGAGUCUGUUCCUUACCACGUGCAUAAAGGGAAAAAGGUUUAAACAAGUCUCUUGAGUGGUGUUUCCUCCUGAUGGAGAAUUACUUCCAAGCAGAAGCUUACAACCUGGACAAGGUGUUAGAUGAAUUUGAACAAAACGAAGAUGAAACAAUUUCCCCUACGCUAUUGGAUGCAAAGUGGAAUAAAAUUCUAGAUCCCUCUUCUCACCGACUGUCAUUUAAUCCUGCAUUGGCUAGUGUGAAUGAACCUGGAGUUUCUAAUGAAUCACAGCCACAGUUGAAAGUCUUCUCCCUGACUCAUUCACCUCUAACCAAGGAGGGCGAAGAUCAUUUUGCUAAUGGACAGAACUGUAGUCUAAAUUCAGAGAUUGCCACAAUGUGGAUUGAUGAAAAUGCUGUUGCAGAAGAGCAGUUGAUUAAGAGAAACUAUAAUCGAGAUGAUCAGUACAGUGCUGUUGAAGCGGGAGAGAAGAAAUGUGGAAACUUAACUUGUCUUCCAGAUGAGAAGAAUGUUCUUGUUGUAGCUGUCAUGCAUAAUUGUGAUAAAAGGACAUUACAAAGUGACCUGCAGGAUUGUAAUAAUUAUAAUAGUCAACCCCUUAUGGAUUCUUUUAGCUGUUCACUGGGUAAUGAAAACAGGCAAACUGAUCAAUUUAGCUUUAGUAUGAAUGGGUCCACUGACAAAGAUAUGAACUCAGAGAAACAAAUGGAUCCAUUGAACAGAUCCAAAACAGAAGGAGGUUCUGUUAAUCGUCUGUAUACAACAUCAUCUGAUAGUCUAACCAGUGUCUGUUCCACUUCACAAUUAAAGGAUGAUGAAAAUACAGGUAGUGGCUCCUCAGUGUCUGUGAUUACAAGUUUAACGGUUGAUUCAGUGAUCUCAUCCCAGGAAACAGAUAGAGGUCCUACUGUUAAAAAGCAAGAGGACUGUAUACCAGAUGAGGACUUCAUUGGCAAAAUCAGCUCUCCUCGGACAGAUGUAGAGUAUCUAAACUCCUUUUCCCACUUGAGUGAGGAGAUUUUGACCAAAAAAGAGCCAGCAGAGGAGAGAACUGAAGAAUCACUCCAGUCUGGUUUACCUUUGUGUCUCAAACCGGACAUGCCUGGAAGGGAUAACUCUGAACAAUUUUCGGAUUGCCUUGUGCCUAAUGAAGUUAGAGCUGAUAAAAAUGAACAUUAUGAACAUGAAGAAAUUCUUGGUACUACAGAACUUACUAUGACAGAGCAUUUCUCUGAAUCUCAGGAGAUGAGUAAUUGGAAAUUGACUGCACUAAAUGAGAUGAGUGAUAGCCAAGUAAAUGAAGAAAGUGAGAAGUUUUUACAGAUUAAUCAGCCUGACAAUACUAAUGGUGAUAAUGUAGGAGAGUGUGUUGGAAUGGCAGAUGCAGUUGCAGGUUUAGAUUUAAGAGGAACUUGCACAAGUGAAAGUGAAGAACGUGAUUUCUCCAUUGUUACAGAUUCACCAGCAGCACAUUCUUUAUCUAAUGAUUGUGAUUCCUAUGGAAUGCAGAGCCCAGUUGUUUCUUUCGUUCCAAAGACUUUACCUUCCAAAGAAGAUUCAGUGACAGAAGAAAAAGAAAUAGAGGAGAGCAAGUCAGAAUGCUACUCAAACAUUUAUGAACAGAGAGGAAAUGAGGCUACAGAAGGGAGUGGACUACUUUUAAAUAGCAUUGAUGACCAAAUGAAGAAAAAUUAUUUACAUAAUUUCUGUAGUCAAGUUCCAUCAGUUGUUGCACAGUCUUCUCCCAAGAUAGUAGCAAAUCUGCAAUCUGUCAGUGUUCCUUUUGGUGGUGCAAGACCCAAGCAACCUUCUAAUCUUAAACUUCAAAUUCCAAAGCCAUUAUCAGACCAUUUACAAAAUGAUCUUCCCACAAACAGUGGAAAUAAUACUAAAAACAAAAAUGAUGUUCUUGCAAAAGCAAAACUAGGGGAAAACUCAGCAACCAGUGUGUCUUUGGCAAGCAUCUCUAUUGCUGAUACAAAUGGGGAACAUUUAGAAAAUUAUGAGGCCUCCAGUAGACCAUGCCUUGCAUUAGCUCCAGAUAGCCCAGAUAAUGAUUUGAGAGCUGGUCAGUUUGGAAUUUCUGCCAGAAAACCAUUUACCACACUGGGUGAAGUAGCUCCAGUAUGGGUACCAGAUUCCCAGGCUCCAAAUUGCAUGAAAUGUGAAGCCCGGUUUACAUUCACCAAAAGAAGGCAUCAUUGCAGAGCAUGUGGGAAGGUUUUCUGUGCUUCUUGCUGUAGCCUGAAAUGUAAACUGUUAUACAUGGACAGAAAGGAAGCUAGAGUGUGUGUAAUCUGCCAUUCAGUGCUAAUGAAUGCUCAAGCCUGGGAGAACAUGAUGAGUGCCUCAAGCCAGAGCCCUAACCCUAACAAUCCUGCUGAGUACUGUUCUACUAUCCCUCCCUUGCAGCAAGCUCAGGCCUCAGGAGCUCUGAGCUCUCCACCUCCCACUGUGAUGGUACCUGUGGGAGUUUUAAAGCACCCUGGAGCAGAAGUGGCUCAGCCCAGAGAGCAGAGGAGAGUUUGGUUCGCUGAUGGGAUUUUGCCCAAUGGAGAAGUUGCUGAUGCAGCCAAAUUAACAAUGAAUGGAACUUCCUCUGCAGGAACCCUGGCUGUGUCACAUGACCCAGUCAAGCCAGUAGCUACCAGUCCUCUACCAGCAGAGGUGGAUGUUUCUCUGUUCUCUGGGAAUAUAACUCAGGUUGGAAGUCCUGUUGGAAGUGCAAUGAAUCUGAUUCCUGAAGAUGGUCUUCCUCCCAUUCUUAUCUCCACUGGCGUAAAAGGAGACUAUGCUGUGGAAGAGAAACCAUCACAGAUAUCAGUAAUGCAACAACUGGAAGAUGGAGGCCCUGAUCCACUUGUAUUUGUUUUAAAUGCUAAUUUGUUGUCAGUGGUUAAAAUUGUAAAUUAUGUGAAUAGGAAGUGCUGGUGUUUCACAACCAAAGGAAUGCAUGCAGUGGGUCAAUCUGAGAUAGUUAUUCUUCUACAGUGUCUACCAGAUGAGAAGUGUUUGCCAAAAGACAUCUUUAAUCACUUUGUGCAACUUUAUCGGGAUGCUCUGGCAGGGAAUGUUGUGUGCAAUUUGGGACAUUCCUUCUUCAGUCAGAGUUUCCUCGGCAGUAAAGAGCAUGGUGGAUUCUUAUAUGUAACAUCUACCUACCAGUCAUUGCAAGACCUGGUACUCCCAACCCCACCUUACCUGUUUGGAAUUCUCAUCCAGAAAUGGGAAACUCCUUGGGCUAAAGUGUUCCCCAUUCGACUCAUGUUGAGACUUGGAGCUGAAUAUCGACUUUAUCCCUGCCCACUGUUCAGUGUGAGAUUUCGGAAGCCAUUGUUUGGAGAGACAGGGCAUACCAUCAUGAAUCUUCUUGCAGACUUCAGAAAUUACCAGUAUACCUUGCCAGUAGUUCAGGGGUUGGUGGUUGAUAUGGAAGUUCGGAAAACAAGCAUAAAAAUUCCCAGCAACAGAUACAAUGAGAUGAUGAAAGCCAUGAACAAGUCCAAUGAGCAUGUGCUGGCAGGCGGUGCCUGCUUCAAUGAAAAGGCAGACUCCCACCUGGUGUGUGUACAGAAUGAUGAUGGGAACUAUCAGACUCAAGCUAUUAGUAUUCACAAUCAACCCAGGAAAGUGACUGGUGCCAGUUUCUUUGUGUUCAGUGGUGCUCUGAAAUCCUCUUCAGGAUACCUCGCCAAGUCCAGUAUUGUGGAAGAUGGCGUCAUGGUCCAGAUGACUGCUGAGAACAUGGAUUCAUUGAGGCAGGCACUUCGAGAGAUGAAGGACUUCACCAUCACCUGUGGGAAGGCAGAUGCAGAGGACCCCCAGGAGCACAUCCACAUCCACUGGGUGGAUGACGACAAGAACAUUAACAAGGGUGUCGAAAGUCCUAUAGAUGGGAAGUCCAUGGAGUCUAUAACAAAUGUGAAGAUCUUCCAUGGCUCAGAGUAUAAAGCAAAUGGAAAAGUCAUCAGAUGGACAGAGGUAUUUUUCCUGGAAAGUGAUGACCAGCAUAACUGCCUGAGUGACCCCGCAGACCACAGCAGACUGACUGAGCAUGUUGCCAAGGCCUUUUGCCUCGCUCUCUGCCCCCACUUGAAGCUUCUAAAGGAAGAUGGAAUGACAAAAUUGGGAUUGCGUGUGACACUUGACUCAGAUCAGGUUGGCUAUCAAGCAGGGAGCAAUGGCCAGCCCCUCCCCUCCCAGUACAUGAACGAUCUGGACAGCGCCUUGGUGCCAGUGAUCCAUGGAGGGGCCUGCCAGCUCAGUGAGGGCCCUGUCGUCAUGGAACUCAUCUUUUAUAUUCUGGAAAACAUCGCAUAGGCACAGAAGACUUCAUUUUUUUCUGUUCCUACCUGUUGCAACAGCAGUCAUACCCAAAUCAUUUGCACUUUAAAACUGGAAGAUUAAGCUUUUGUUAACACUAUUAAUGGGGGGAGGGUGGAACAGGGAGGGAAUGGGGUUUUGGGGACAGGGGUGGGAAAGGGUGGUUGGGGAACAGAUGUUCCAUAAUUUUAUGUCUUCUAUGCAUCGUCCACCAAGAAGACCUGGACAGCUUCUGUUACUGCAUAGUAGUUAUGCUAUCUUUGCAGCUAAUCCCCUUCUGUGACUGUCUAGACAAGAAUUCUGCUCCUCUCUUUUUAGAUUACUCAUGGUCAUGUGCUCAGAAAUACUCAGAUGGGUAGAGCCUUCACCAGGAUGGGGUGGGAGGGCAAAGGGAAAAUAAACCAUGAAACAUCAGUUUUGCACAGUCUGUACAGAAUUGGUAUAAAGAGGACAGCUUCACUCAGAUCCCGUCCCAGUUCUAUCACAGCUGUUUACCAAACGGAAGUCACACUUUGAUUAUUCACUUUCACUAGAUUACUCAUUGAAGUGAAUCAAAGACCAAAGGGAGCCAUGUAGCCAUGGAAGAGCUCCACACAGUCACGGAGGAGUUCAGUGUAAGCAAGCCAUUUGGAGAGCAGCCCUGAGUGCAGGGUCAUGUGAGAGCUGCCCAAGUGAGGGGCAGAUGUUAAACUGGACCUUUCUGUGAAAGACAGCCAAGACAUUUUUAGUUACUAUGUACUAGAAAUAUUUUCUUACACAUUUUAUUGAGAAAGCGUUUAAACUUCAGGAAAGCUUUAAGUAUAAAAAAAUCCCACUAUGUACUUUCCACCCAGAUUCGUUUAUUGUUCACAUAGUAAUAUUUUGCCCCGUGGGUUUCUCAACCCUAUAUAAAAAAAACAGCUUCACCCAAGUUCACACUGACAUCAUAUUUUAACCUGGCAGCCGUCACAACCUUUGUGGCAUUGCCCCCAGUAUCCUUCUGACCUGCGAGCUCACAUAGCACGGAGCUGUUAGCACUUGCCUUUAUCUUUGUCAUUGGCGUGUUCUGUGACCACAGGUCUCCCUGUCUUGUUGUGUAAUAGAAAAAUACCUCAUUUUGAGUUUGAUGUUUAUGCAUUUCUGGUCAGGGUCAUUUGAUAUCCAUCUGCCUGUCAUUGAGUGGUAACAGGUAACCUGUGGUCAAGGAAUUGUCUGGUUUCUCCACCAUACCUCCCCAGCCCCAAAUAAUAACCAGUAUAUGUAAAAGACAUUUUCAGACCGUGCAGUUAUCUUGUUCAUCAAAAUGUUCCCUUAGAUUUAGUAUACACUGUUUCAUAUCUGUGUGGAUGUACAAUACAUGCAAAAUAAUUUUUCAGUUCCAGAACUCCAUCCAUAUGUAUCAGUUGAGCUUAGUAAUCUAUAGAUAGAAGCCCUUCCUUACCCCCUAUUAUAUUCAUUAAUUUAAUUUUUAUUAUGAUCUCAUGGAUUGUUCUUUCAGUGAUUUUGAUUAUUUUGGUGCUUAUAUCUCAGCUUUGUCGGAAUGGAGCACUUGAAGAUUAGUUUCUACAUCGUUAAAACAUAAUUAAUGCUUCUUUUUCUAGCUUAAAAAGAUGCUUCAGGCUAAAUUUAUUUUCAUCCCCCCUGGAAUCAGCCAUGUCUUCAAGGAGUCCUGGUUUCUUUUAAUGGGGUUAGUACCAGAAACCAGUGUGUUGCUUUCCUAUGAUUAUGUACUGUGUAUUCUGAUAAUUUUCUCUUCAAAACUCAUUUUGGAAGUAGGUGUGGUAAUGAAUGUCUGUCAUCCCAACUACUUGGGAAGCUGAGGCAGGACAACUGUUAAAUUUCCAGGCCAGCCUAGGCAACUUAGUGAGACCCUGUCUCAGUGCUCAUAAAGGCUGUGGCUGAAGCAUGGUGCAGAGUGGUUGCUGAGGCUCAAUCCCUUGUUCUUCAGGGAAGAAAAUUUAUUCUGAACCCAGACCCAGUGGACUCUGUAACCAAGAAUACUGUUGUAGGGCAGUUCACUUGUCACUAGCAUCUUGUGAAAGGCCAGGGCAGGCCAUGCUGGGGUUGGUUCUCUGCUUCAGUGACGCUCCUCAGUCUAGCAUAGGCCUGUGGGCAGGGGAGACCGCUCCCUGUGGGUGGAACUGGGCCUAGCACUUGGCCGUAACAGGCUGCGGACCUGAGUUCAGGGCAGUAGUUGUUUCCCAGACACACACCAAUGGCCUGGCCUGGAAAACUUGGCUGGGUUCAUCCCUCUUUCUCUCAGUUGGAGUGAGGGUUAUAUUUACAGCUCCCUCUUUAAAGGCAUUGGCAUUGUGGCUGCCAAGAACUGGAACUGGAACCUUUCUCCUAGACACAGAGGUUUAGGACUGUUAAGCCUCUGCUAAACCCACACAACACUAGUUGUAAGGAUGGAGCCCAAGGACUGUGUGUCCCCACAAGCUUGGCGAGAAUCGGGCCAGGUGUAUGGAGUUAAUAUCCAGUUUGGGUCUGAAUAUACCUCAGAGGUUUGGCACUUGUGCAGAGGCUGGUCCUGUUUUUAUAAUUUUUCUUCUCUACUAAAUCCAUCCUGCCUUUGUGCAUUAUCUCUUCUUGAUCAAUGCAGGCUUUUUAAUUCCCCCACUAGUCAGGUCGGUUCUCAACUGAAUAAAAAGUCCUUUAUUUGUAGUAAAAUCACCUUCUGGGAAUGGGUGUAAAACAACCAAGACUACUUUGUUUUUUCCUGUGUUUAUCUUUGGCUUCAUAUAAAGUGCUGAGCAUCAUAUUUCUAAUAAGGCAACCUUCUCUACUUGUAAACUCAAGUAGUGAGCUGUAGUACCUCUCCUUAACUGAAGAGACAUAGAAUUGCCAUUCUAGUAAUUUGUUAAAUUUUUAAAAUUAUUAAGUGCUUGCCAGAUGCCAGGCAGUGUUUCUCCAUUUAUUCUUAUCAGUUAUUUUCUGAGCACCUACUGCAUUCCAGUGGAGGUGGAAGUUCCCAUCUGUCUUCUCCGAUCCACAAUGGGGCCUGCUGGUGAGCCCCAAAUUUCCAAUUCAGUUUACCUCUGUGCUCAUCUGGGAAACCGUUUAAACAUUUAACACAUUUCAGAUCACUGUUUCUAGAACUGAUAGUGGUUCUACUUUAAUGCUAAAAUAGUAAUUUAAAUAGUGGCCAUGGGUUUGUAGGGCUGGUUUACAUGGACACUAAGGAGCAGAGCAGGAAAAAUGAUGUACAUUCUCAAACUGGACCUCUGAAGCCGAGAGAAGCAGAAGAUCCUUCUGUGAUGGACCAGUGUGCCGAUCCCAGCCAUACUGUUCUGACUUGAAAAGAGCUGACCUUAUUUAAAGGGCAAGGCCUUUUAGGAGAUGCCUCAAAUAUUGGGAAAACAAGCUUUCAAAAUUUGGAAGCAACCAUGCAGAUUUCAAAAUGAUACUAUGAAAAAGGAAAAAAAUAUUAACAUUAUAAUGAACUUGCCCCUUCUGAGCAGCAAGACUUCUAAGAUCAGUUUCUUCCAUAUUCAGCUCACUAGUUCACAAGAAAGUGUGCUCUGUGUUAGAUAAAAGAAAUUAAAGUCAAAAUGAUUCUUCAGGUGAUGCUUGGUUUCCAACUGCACAUGAAAGAGAAAUCUCCAGUGUUUGGUUGCAGUAUGCGGACAAAUCUCAGGACAACAGGCGGCUGGGUGGGCCCCUCCCUCCCCUCCCACUACCCAUGCAAGCCUUUGCUGCCACAAAGGCCUUUUUUGAGAACCACAGUCUCCCAAGUCCAGUGGAUGGCUUUGUCUUGCCUCAGUCAGCACUGAGGUUUUUUUAAAGAGCAAAGAGCAGUGAAGCCCACUAAAAACGAGUGUGUUACUCAGGAGAAUCUUUGGAGCCAUAAAAAGUGCCCUAUUGAAAUGGAGUACUUCUAGUACACGCCUGGACUGGGCUUUUUGGAACCUUUGCAGGCCCAGUGGCCCUUCAUUAUUAAGUGCUGGUUUGGACACAAACCAGAAGGGGAAAAUGAGGUUAGGUUGUCUUUGCUCCCAAUGACACUCUUCAUUAUAGAUCACGGCUUGACAGACGUGUGACUUCAAAUAAAUGUUAAAUCGCUGCUCUGUGCAAGUCCUGAUAGCUCACUAGACCAGUGAGACCAGGUAAGACGACCAGUGAGAUAUUGGGAAGCAGGAAGGCAAGUGCAGCAGCUGUCAGGAACAAAGGCACAGGCAGAGCUGGGGUGAACUGAGUCGGGGAGACAGGCUGUUGUCACUGGCCACUGCUGCCACUGCAAGCCCCGCUCAGAGGUAGGGAAGCAUGACCUAACCCUGUCACCUAAGGAAGAAAAAAGCUCAAGCCCUGAGCUGUGCUUAUGCAAUACUAUAGUGAUCAGUAAGUUGAAUGUAUCUGCUUUACUUGCAUCCUUUUAAAUAAUCUUGAAGGAUAUUUUGUACAUUUAAUGCUUCAAAAUGUAGACUGUUAGUAGUUUUGACUAUAAAACCUGUCACAAUUACAAGUCCUUUCAUCCUUUGUAUCCCUUUAGUAAAAGCCAAAGGAGAAUUUCCUGGAAAAACUAAGGUAUGUCCAGGCAAUGAGCUGUCUCCAAGAGGAAGCUACAGCCGCAGUGGCAAAUGUUCUUGUUACUGUAGCCUUCACCGAGUGCCAGGGAGCAGCGGGCAUUUAAGCCUGCUGGUUUACAAUGUGUAUAGAAUGUAAAAUCCCUACAAUGAAUCACACCUAGUUUCUUAAAUAAAUAAAAGUUGGAUACACAAAAUUUUACACAUAUAUUUAUAUAUAAUAUAUAUAUUUCCUCCCCAGUUAACGGUCUUUCAUCUUAGCUAUGUGGACCAAACCCAAGACACAACCUUCCUCUUAUUUCCCACCAAGUAGUACCAAAAGUAACUCCUCUUCCGGAGUCCGCUAGGAAGCAGGAAGGCGAGUGCAGCAGCUGUCAGGACAAAGGCACAGGCAGAGCUGGGGUGAACCGAGUCGAGGGAGACAGGCUGCCACCUUGGCCAGCUGAGUCACACCCCUGCCCUCGCUGAGCAGGAGAUUCCUGAUCAUCCUCAAGUUCUCCCAUCCCUUACAGUUACAUGUUUUAAAGGCACAUCCAGAAAUGGUGCAACCAGGACUAGGUAAGCAGUACACAGUUGCUGUGUAGAGGUUAGGGGGCUGUGGGGCUCCGAGGCACACAGCAUGAGAGUGUCCUUGCCACUGCCCUCAUCUAGGGAAGUGGGAGCUGGGGGAGCUCCUGGAAUCUGCACGCCUCUGUGGUCAGUAGGACAUGUACUUAACAAGGUCUUUGGUGCUUGUGUAGCAGCAUCUCUUAUGCACAAAGGUUUCCGCAGUCAACAAAGUAGGAAAGUAAGUUCCUACACACGGCUGCCCGGUAGUUCUUUCCCAGUGCCAUGACCUGAUGCACAGAGCACAAAGAAUGGGUCAGUGUGUACCACAGUUUUAGACAGGAUCUCCUGGACAGUCAGGCCUUAGAAGGUUAUUCUCCCCCACCCUGCCUGGUUCAUCUGAGGAACAUGAAAAACUCAGCCCAUGAUCUCCAUCAUAGUUCUGCCUCUUGGUUUCCUUCCAGAUGAAAGGCCAGACUUUCUCCCUGGAGAUGAGCUGGGUGAGCAAAGGGGCUCUGUGGACCCCAGCAGACAGCAGGGGCAGAGGGUCAGAGGGCUUCCAAGUGCCACCCACCUCACAGGCCUCUGGGCUCCAGGACCAGCCAGUUUUCUGUCACUGUCUGCAUGUCUUGCCCACUCAGUGGCUCCCGUAGCCUCACCUUCACCUCCAGCUUCCCCCCAGUGGGCUUCCUUCCAUCCAGGACCUGUGAGAAGAAUGGGAAGGGCGAUGAGAAAUGGGGACCGACGGGACCCAGCAAAGAGCAGCUAAGACGCCCUGCGGUAUUCACAUGGUGCAUGCAUCUCAGGACAGCUUUGCUCCCUCCCUGUCUGCUGUGUGUGGAGCGGUGGCUGUUUUAGUUAAGUCUUUUAAAGAAGCAAUGUAUGAAUCUAGAUGAGCAUCAGUGCUCUGAAGAGGAGAUGAGAAACUUAGCGCUCUCCUUUUUUUUACUCUCAGUCCCUACAGCAACUCCUGGAAAAAAAGCAGCAGCUAUACAGCAGAGCCCAAACCCUCACGUCACAGAUGGCCCAGGGAAAAGCAGAUGACAGUGGCAGACUAUGGGUUCCUUUCUUCCUAUCUUCUGCUACUUCCUCCUUCCGGCAAGUGAGGUGUAAACAUAGACGUCCAGGCUUCAGAAUAGCAACCAAGUGGGGAGAGGGGAAGAUGCACUGUCCUGGGGAAGCCUCAGCCUACAGAAGUGCAGGAGGGUCAGGUCCCAGCUCUGCCCAGGACACACUGUAUAAACCAACAGAACCACCUUUUCCUCUGGCCUAACUUUUCCUCACUUCGCAGAAGCAAGGUCUUAAGAAUUCCUGUCUAUAAUCCUGUACAUUCAUGGAAGCUCAAAGAUCUAUCUAAAGGCAAAUCUCCAAGCACAGGUAGCUGCAUUCUAAUUGGUCUCUGAUCCAGAAAUACAUACUUCCAUCAAUUUUAGCUCUGGAGCUCCUUUUACUAACUCAUGUCAGACAGCUGCCCCAACCAUUAACCUAGAAACCUAGAAUUCUGUGUGCUUAGCUGACAGCAGUGAUCAGACUUCUCAGUGGUCUUCUCUCAUUUGUCACCUUUGGGCAUUUAAGUGGCCCAGGGAAUUAUGAGAAGAAUAUGGCUACUUCCUAUCCAGCUGGCACUAAUUUUCUGGGCUCUUCUGAACCUCUUCUAUACUCUACUGCACACUACGGAACACUUAAAUUGCGGGCCUAGAAACCUGUAACAAGGACUGGCACUCCAUGAAUAUCUGCUCUCCUUACCAACUCCUCUGGCUUGUCACUCCCAUACCUCCACAAUCUCUCUGAUCUCACACUCAUUCUCCAGCCGUUCCAACUUCAGGAGUGCUGUGCCAACCAGCUUGUCGCUUCUGAAGAAGGAUCUGGUGAGCCAAGAGGCAGCAGAGAUGAGACCGGGCGGGAAGGAGAAAAGGAAUUCACUGAGCCCAGGGCAGGAAAACUGAAUAGAAAGCGGCAGGGACAAAAAUACCAUUCUUUGCUCCCCAUUCACCCUUGUGUGACUGACAGGCGCCUUACCCUUUGUGGAAGACUUCAAAUUUGAUUCCUUUGCUCUGGAUCACCCUCCUGAAGCCCCGGUGGUUUCGGUUGAUGUUUAGUUUGAAGACUUGAUCAAAUUCUGCAAAAAGGGGAGAAGGCAAGGAGAGGCUUGGCUCCCAGGGAUUUCCUGAGGAAGUAGACAAAAGCUCAGGGAAGACUUCCCCUCUAAUUUCCCUUCCUGCAAUUCAGUGUCUGCCACCAGAAGGAGGUAGACCAUCAAAGCCCUGGCCUUGGAAGCAGGUGGUUUUUGUAUCAUGAUAGAUAUAGAUUAUACCAAAAUGGGAAGGACUAAGAAUUUGGAGUAAGAAUUCCUGGGUCCCAUUUCUAAAAUCUCCCUGCUAUGCACUCCUAGGAAAUCCUUUUACUUCACCAAUCUUCAGUUUCCCCAAUUAUGUAAGAAGAGCAUUAAUAAAACCUGCCUUUAUUUCCCAAAAUGGGUGGGAUAAAAUUAGACUGUAAAUCUGAAAGCACUCUUGGAAACACGGGUGACUCUCACUGAGUGAGAGGGAAGAGAAGGAGCCCUGUGUGACACUCACCUGGGGAAUUUGUGUUCUUUACCACAGCGGUUUUGCCUUUUUGAGCCUGGUCCUAAAGUAAUAAGAAGGGAAAUGAGACAGCGUGAAAAGCAGAGGUAUACAGAGCCAAGAACUCUGGGCUGAGCCAGUGUUUUGGGAAGAGACCUCUGAGAAAAUGGGCUGAAGGGUCUUUAAACUCCUCCCUUAAGGCAGGCCUCAACAGAGCACAAAGUCUUGCAGUAGAAGAUGGGCUAAUUCUGCCUAAGCCUCACCGAGUUAGGGUAGUGAAACUCAAACCGCACAAAAGCGUCCAAGUCAUCGGGGGUCACGCCUGUGAGGAAGGAAGGGCAUUGCUCUGAGGGAGUAGCCAGAAGCCAGGUGCUCAGGUGCUAGCUAAGAGCCUCCUUCCUAGGUGGGACAUUCUCAGGUCCUAGGUAAGAGGGGUGGCCCUAGUGUUACCUGGAGGGGCUGGCAGGUUCAUUCCCCGGACAACGAUCAGAUGCAUUUCUGUGCUGUUGAGUUCUGAGAAGAUCCUACAGCCAAGAAGAAAGAGCUGGAUGAGAAGCAAGCGGCAGAACCCCUCCCCUCUUCUAGUACCUCUUGUCCAGCUGGGUGGGCCCAAAGAGGAGAAGCGCACAGCCACCACCAAGUCCUCUGGCAGAUGCGUCCUCCUCACCAGCCCCAGAGCCUACCAUGCUAGGGAGUCUUGCUAAAGACCCUGGGCUCCCAAUUCCAACCCUGUCUCAUAUGAAGCUAUGUUUCCCAUGGGCUCUGGCACCUCACAGUCUGAAAUGUCUUCAGCUCAAAGUGGUGGCUGGGAGGGUCGAGGCCCUGGGCCUGGGCCAGCUGCAAGAUCUCCAGCUGUUUCUUGCGGUCAUGAGCAAGCUUCUCAAACCUGCCAGGAUCCAUGUGCACGUCAGCAGGGCAAGGCUCAUUUGCUGCUCCCCACCUACACUCUAGCUCCGGCCCUGGCACUCACCGGGUAGUCUCAGCCACGUUGCCCUGGUGCAUGAACUGCUUGGAGAACAGCAGGCACUUCUACAAACAGGGGCCCAGCAUGACUCCAGCGCCAGCGCAGAACUCACCAAGGCUAGCCUGCAGGGCUUGACCUCUCAAACUGCCAACGGCUGCUGUGGCCUUCCCUCUCCUCCCCAACACAUGCCAGUGGCCCUGUCUUCCCCCACCCCCCUUUCUGCCUGUACUUCUGCAGUUUCCUCUCCUGCUAAGUCAUUUGAACUUCACUUAGCAGAUUCCUGUUCUUCCUUCAAAACCUAACUCAAACAUCGUCUCAGGCAGCAGACAUCUUAGAAAAAUAGGAGCAGUUCAGAAGCAACACAGCACCCACGUGGGUAUCUUUACUCCUAUCUCUCCCGACUUUGUUGGUAAAAUUUCCUAACUGCCGUGAAAGGAAAGUACUGUCAUUCCAUUUAUAGGUAAAGGAAUUGUGGUUCAUACAGGGCAAAUGCCUUGCCUAAGACCACACAGCCAGUAAGUAAAGAACCAGAAUUAGAACCUGGAGCUAUCUGUUUGGAGUCCCUCAUGUCUCCAUAGGGAAGCGCUGAAAGAAUAGGAAGGGACAAGCACCCCACUGACCUCAUAUUGCUCCUGAAGCAUUUUCUGGAGCUGGGCAUAUACCUCCUCUGCCUUUUGGGAGAGCCGCAGGUCCUCAUGGUGGAUGAGGAUGAAGUCACCCUCUUCAUCCGUCAAGGGUGAAGGUACCUGCCCGGAUCACAAGGCCCCUCGGGCCCCAAGAGUCAGAUAGCUCCUUGACACAAAGGCAGCAAUCCAAACUAAACAUUGCUGCAAAUUCCACGACCUCCAACGAUGGGCACUCAUGGCCUCUCACGUAACCCAGGCUGCAGGAACCCUGCUCCUCCUGGUCUUGCCCUGUCUUAUCCUUCCUGACUAGGGAAGCUCCCUUUCCUUUCCUUCUCCUGGUCACUUGUAGGCCAGCAAAGCAGACAAGCAAGUGGCAAUAUAAUACCUUUUUUAAGGAGCUGUCCCAGGUCACAAUCCUGCCUGUCAGGCGGCCUCCUACCCCUUGCCUGGUAAGGUCUGGUGCUUUAACCAGGUCGGACUCACCUUUGAGAGAUCAACAGGUCGGCCAGCUCGGGCCUGGAUGAUCUGAGCCUCAAGACCCUUGGCUACCCGCAGGUGAGCUUUGGCUUGCUCCAGGUCUUGUCUACGUUUGGCCUGCAGGGCUGCUCGCUGAUACUGCAGUUUCCGUGCCUCCAGCAAUGCCAGCUGCUCCCACACUGAAGGGCCAAGACCAGAAAUUAGGAACACACCUCUCCGCUCUCCAACCCUGUUUAUCCCCAGCUCACCAGUUGGACUCAAUGACUCCCUAGAACGUGAGGCCUUGGGUUCGGGCUGGGGCCUGGAUGAAGGAAGCAGAGGCUGGGCCGGCUUCUUGGCCACUGGGGCCUGUGCUGAGGGCUCAUUCUGCAAACACACAGGCAGUUGUCAUGAGAUUGCUCUCCACUUGCCUGGCAGCAGCCUGCAGACUUGGACACUCUUGAGCCUGUGCUGACCUGCUGUGUGACCUAACUGAGUGGCUUACCCCCUUGGGUCCUACAAAAUCUCAGAGCUCAAAGAAGCCUCAGAGGCUCUCUGGUUCAAUCUCCCCAACAAGAGGCUGCAGAGUAACUGUAGGAUAAUGGGGCCUGAACCUGGGCUCUGAAUCACAAACACCUGAAUCCCAGCUCUGUCCCUGGUCAAGAUCUUCCUGUAAAAUUCUGGAAAGGAGACCUAACCUCACUGGGCUUUAGGAUGGAACAAGGGGCUGGGUUUACCUCCCAGCUUCCAUUUGUCCCCACCAACCCCUGCAGUCGUGAUCUCUCAGCCGAACCUCAUCCUCAUCUUCAUCUGCCAGGGCUAUGUCCUCGGGAGUGGCCAGUUUUUGGGCAGCUGCCAAAGUUGCUGCCACUGGAUCAUCCUCCUCCUGGCCCACAAUAGGCUCCAGGCCAGGGAUGGGGGGAAAUCCUGUGGAGACAAGAGCGGAAAGAGGAUGUGGUACACUCAGGGACACCUGAGGAGGCCGCUGUGGGUCCUGUCUGUCUAGGAGUAACGCUGAUGGGUGGCUCCCCAGGAUGCAGGCAGUUACCGAAGAUUCUCCCUUCUGCCCUUCUGGUGCAGAGACCACCUCAAAGAGCCAAGUCAAGCCUUACUCACCUGGAGGAACAGGCAACUCAGCAAAGUCCACUUUCCGGCCCGCUUGGUGUGCGCGGAUAGCACCUUGGUAUUGCUGCAUAGGAAGGAAGGAAGGGCCUCUGGGUAAGCUGAGCUCAGCUGGCAGGCAGGCUCGCCCACCACACACAAGCAGGGAGAAGCCUGAGGAAGAGGCAGCAGCCCUGGGGGAAACAGUCUUAAGGUAGCAAGCACUCAAGAGAAAGUCUUGGAAAAGCGAGAGACAGAGACAGCUGAGCAGGGAAAGAGGCCGGAACCUGCACAGCCAGGAGCCCACCUUGGCGAUACGCUCGUGCAUUCGGGCCUUGCGCUCAUCCCCACUGGCCCGGGCCUGGGUGCCCGCCUCACGGUACUUGUUCAGCCUUUGCUGCAGGGCAUCCAGCACCAUCUGUGGCUCUGCAAGGAUUACUUAGAGGGGACAAACGGAGGGCAUUAGCUCUGCCUGUCCCUCCUCAGUUCCCACUCCAGACCCACAAUCUGAUCGCACCUGGGGCUGGUGGGACAUUCGAGGCCGUCACUGGCUGCACAUGCUCCACUGCAGGGGGUAGGACUGCUGGUGCUUCGGGAGGCUUAGCAGCUUGUGACAAGGUCUUCAGGUCUGGAGGCCCAAAGCAGACGUGUAGGCAGGGUGUCUGGUGGUCCUGACCUGAUAAUCUUCCCCAGCCCAGCCUGAGAAGACACCCUACAAUUUCCACACUGACCUUCAGGUGCCGGGGGCAUGGCACUCAAGUCCACAGGCUGCCCCUUCUCCAGGGCUUCCAGAACAGCACCAAAUCUCUGCAGCAGUGAGAAAAGCAAUGUGAACAUGGGGCUGGCACAACUCUCCCUCAGGCUGACUCCCUCUCUGAUUCUUCACUUCUCCACCUGGAAAGCAGGGGAAGGGAUACUCCAGCCCUUCUCCGAGCCGUGUCCUACCUUCCCAAUCCUCAUGAGCUCUCGGGCACGAUCCAGCUCUCCAGCCCGCUUGGCAUUGAGGGCAGCCACUUUGUACUCUCUCUGUCGUGCAAGCAGCAGGGCCUUAGGGUCUGGGUCUGCAUCUCCAGGGGGAGCAAUGCCAGGGCUGCCUGAAAAGCUGGACUCAGGGUGGGAGGUUUUGUCUACAGGAAACAAAAAGCCCACACUAAGGGUCUCAGAUCCCAGAGGUCUCAGCCUGAGGACACGCUAGGGAAAGUAAGGACAGCAAUGGGCAAGGGCAGGCUGAGAAAGCAGGUGGUAGGCACUGGCCCUGGGAACUGGGCAGGAUUUGAGUCUCCAGAUACCUGGCACCAAGGCAGGAGAAGCUGGGAUGUCCCCCUCAGGGCUCCUGCUGGUGGUUUCCUGGGAGGCUGGGGGCCUCUUGCCUAGAGCCACUGGAGGUGGGAUCUCCUCCUCUUUGAUUUCCCUGCCCUUCCUCACAGCAGCUAGCUGCAGCUCCAGAGUCUGAGGGAGAGAAGCAGUCUAGAAAUCUAGAUAGCCAUCUCAGCCUGGACCCUGCCUGAAGACAGGCCGGGGACCCAUCACUCCUCGGGGCUGGUGGGGAGACCUCCCCUCCACGGUGCAAACUACUACCCCCACCUUACUUCAGGACCUGCCCCAUCACCUUCAGGCCUCGCUCACAGCGCCUGGCUUUGGCCAUGUCACCUGCCUCCUUGGCACUGGCAGAAGCUUCCCGGUAAUUGUGGAUCCGUUCCUCCAGCAGAGCCUGCAGGCCCCGAGGCCCUCCAGCCUGCAGAUACUUCAGCUCAGGGCCGGGCCACUCCGAGGCCAGCUAGGCCCUUGCCAUUCUCUCCCUGUGAGGAAGCUGCCCCAGAAGACGGAGCUCUGGGACUCCACGAGAAAGAAGAGCCUAAAGCCCCAUGGUGUGAAGCAAAGACCCACGGGGUGGGGGUGGGGGCCCAGAGGCCAGGCCAGAGGCAAACAUGGGCCCAGAAAAUCAGUGGGGGCCAAGACAUGGCUUCCAGAGGUGGUGCAGAAAAACAGAGAGGCCUUUGAGGCUGGCCAGCCAAAGGAGUUUCUCAUGCUGUUUCCACUUGGGCCACCUACUGGAGCAGGGGCACUGCAGCUUGCUGUGCACGAACACAGAAGGACCAAGGCACGCGAGGCACUCCUCCAGAGCCUACCUGAUCUGCUGUUAGUAGGGCUGCUGGCGCUGAAGGUUCAGUGUCUUCCUGUCCCUUCUCCUCUUCACAGAAGUCUGGACUAGCUGCCUCAUCACUGUCCAGGGGACCAGCCUCCUCAUCCGUACCUAGAACCUCCUGCAGCUCAUUCUGCAAAGACACAAGUCCCAGGAGCUUGGGGCCCCCAGGGCCACAUCUAUGACAGGACCUGUGAACAGAGGUCUCCCCCAGUAUUAUUUCCGAAUGACAGGACCUCUACAUAGUCCCCUUUGCAAAAACUUCUCUUUAACUUGAUCAAGGAUAGCUUUGUAAACAGUAAAGACUUCAAAUCUGAGAAUCUCCAAUUGCAGAGCUCAGAGAAGAAGUCUAAGGAGACCAAUCUCACUUUCACAGCCUGGAAGACAGGCCUAGAAGGGCAGUGUACUCACUCAAAAUCAGAGACACAAGACGGGCAAACCCCAGGUCUCCUCUCGACCACCCUGUCUUUUAUCAGGCCACCUGACCACACAGCCUCUGCUGCCAGCCUGGCAGACGCACCAGCAGUUCUGCAUCCUCCUCCAGACCUUCCUCCUCUUCCUCUUCCUCUACAUCCUGCAUACAGUCUGCUGCCAACUUCUCAAUGUGUGCCAUGGGGAGAGGGGCUAGGGAACAGGGUUAAAGGUCAGGACAACUCUAGUAAGGUCUAAGAUGAGUAAAUUAUAGAUACACCCAGACAGAAAUUCCCCUUCCUUCCUACAGCAAAGUCCUACCCCGUAAACUAUUUUUUUCUUCAUGACCUAACUCAAAAGACAUCUAUCAGGGAUACCGUCCUGGGUUCUCCAACAAGUUAUAAGUCAACCUUCUCAGUAUUUCUAAUAGUGAUUCAUGAAUGUAUCCACCCAUGCCCCAAGCAUCUUUUUUCACAUUUGUAGAUUUUUUACAGGCCAUCUGAACCUCAAAGCAGUUCUGCAAUAUAGGUAAUACCACAUCUAUUUUAUAUAGUGAAUAAACUGGAACUAAUGGUAGCAAUUUUUCUAACAUUGAAAUCCUACUGUGCCAAAAUCUAGGCUCAAAUCCGCGCUUAUCUAAACCCUAACAGUCAGAUCAGUGAGCCUGCUCUUCGCAGUGUCCCAGCUCAAGGUCACACAAGAGGGGGAGUGUCUUCUCUCUGAAUAGUCCAGGUGAGAAGUGAGGAAGGUUUAGAAUCCCACCCCUCAUCCUCCUAAGCCUAAAACCUCUGUCCUGUCCCUGUCUAUGGAGGGAAAUCCUACCUCCUCAUGUGUUAACUGUGCCUGUCCUCCCUGGACCCAUAUUGUCUACCAGGCCCUGGCUAGGGUAAAGGGUAGUUAACUGCUAGGUCAGUUAGAGAACCGGAUUAGCCCACAAGGCGGAGGUGGUUCCCAUCACACAGGUACAAGCUUGAGCUCUUGUGCAAGAGCUACAGAAGGGACAGGGGUAUUAGAAGGGCCAAGGGGUCUGGCUGGCUUCUCAAGAUUGCAAGACAAGGACCCUUUCUACUACAGGCCUGUGUCUAUCUGGCCCCAGUACUGAGCCAGGCCCAGGCUCAAAAACUCACCCUGCCCCUUGAGUGCUGACUUCCUGCUUGUGGUCCCUGCUUCCCCAGUAAGGGCCAGCAGCUCGGCCUCCAGCUCUCUGUCAUCUUCUGUCUCAUCCAUCCCAAGCAUCAUGUCCUCAGGGCUGAACUCCACAAAGAGCCCAAGCUGACAGCACAAAAGGUUUCUUAGGAAUCAUACAGUGAGGCAGAGUAGAGCUUAGCCCCAGAGCCAGACUUGGGGUCCCAAUGUCCCACUCAGUGGCCUCUUCACUUUGUGAGGGAAGGGAAACAGGCUGCAACAUUACCUCUUGGCCACUUAUAUCCAUAGAGAAUAUCAAGAGCCCAGUAAGACCACACUGUCAUGAUUACUACCAAUAACAGCAACAGCUGCUAGCACUAGUCAUGGUAUUCUACAUGGUUAGUUAACUGCCAUAAUCCUGAGGUGUUUCUUUUUAAUUGCAAUAAAAGACACAUAAAGUGAAAUUUCCAUCCUAACCAAUUUUAAGUCAGAGCUCAGUGGCAAUGAAGAACAUUCACACCACUGUGCUGCCUUCACCACUGUCUAUCCACAGAAGCUUGUGUGUGUGGCCCAGCAGAAACGCUGUACCCACUGAGCACUAAGUUCCCAUUUCCCCCUCCCUCCCCUGACUGGUAAAUAUUUAGGUGUAUUAACUUGAUUAUUGUAAGUACCAAUCCUAAUUUUUAUGCCAGUGUUCAGAACAAAGCCUGCUCAAUGACAAAACUUAAAAUAUAGUCUUUUGAGUCUCUGCCUUUGAUUCUACCUCCUUCCUUGGCUUUUUAAAAACAAUAAAAAUAAACUAAUACUAAGGACUCAAGGCCAGAAGAAAAAAAAUAGAAAACAGUCCUCAAGCUCCCCAUCUGGUGGCAGCCCUCCGUCCUCAGGCAGCAAGGUCCUCCCAUUGGUGACCACCUCAAGUGGACACCCUUAGCCAGCAAGCCAAGUUGGCCUGGACGAGGAGCUACAGAGCACUAAGCUGCCACACCAGCAUCUUCACUUCAGAGGCUCCUGAGCCCUCACACCACUUGCAUGAUGCGGUCAAGGCCAAGGCAGGAUGGUGGCUAGGCUGAAACCUAGGAAGGGAGUUCAAGGCUCCUUGGCCCGUUGUGACAGGGCCCUGCUCACAAGGUCCCUAAGGGCACUGCUCAGACUCUAGACUAACAGAUAAAAAUCACAGAAAUGACUCAACCUGACCCAAUUUGCCCAAAUAGUCUAAGGACCCCCAUCCAAACUGGCCCAGUGGCGAAGUAGGCUAUGUUCAUACCUGCUUGGCAGCUGCCACACCUUGACCAGUGGCCCGAGGGCCUUUCCGAGGUCUUGGCCCUGGCAUCCUGGAAGCCUAGGUACCUAUCAGGUGGGAGAUGAAAAGACUCAGAGAGGAACAGACUAUGAGCCCUGCCCUGAGAAAGGUGAGGUCAGUGAACUCCUUACAGUGGCAGUGUUUUCUCCUACCUGGUGAAUCACCACCAAUGUUACUCAGGCCACUGAAAUAAGCGACACGGAAGAUGGAGAGCUGGGGGCCACCUGUUGGCAUGUAGCCUGCAGACUGAAUGUGAACCCACAAUAUAACAUUACUGAUUGACUGACCAGUGUGGAAGGUAGAGCUGGGGAGCCGCUCUAGGUACAGAGUGAGGAAAGGGCUGGAUUAGGGUUUGGGAAGGCUUUACACUGGUGAAGUCUAUUCUGGAAGCAACAUGUGACUCCUGAGGUCUAACUUCCAAUUAAUAAAAAUGCAGUUUCUCAGGCAUCCCACACACAUCUCAAGGGCUCAACAACCAUCUGCAGUUGUGGUUACCAUGGGAUGGCACAGAAUGCUAUGAUAGAAAAACCUGACACAGCACUCAGAUUCUCAGGCGUCCCAACAGUUCACAGGCCCUCCACAGAGGAUGAUACUAGGCCCGAGAGCACAGAAGUCAAUCAAACAGGACCUCACCCCUCAAGGAAUGUCGACAUGGUGCAGACCCAUGAAUAGACAACCACUGCAGGAGGGUGCUGCAGGUGCAGUGGGUCCCCAGAGAUAGCCUCUCAGCCGGUAGAUUUAAAAAAUCUUCUUGAAGGAGAUGAUGCCUGUGCUGAGUCAUGAAGGCACCAGAGGAAGGCAAAUGAAUCUCAAGUAGAAGAAACAACCUGACAACCGUUCAGAGGUGAGCUUGGCUGCGCAAUGAAACUGAAGGCCUGGUACUAACGGGGCACAAACCAAAAUGUGUAAGGUAAGAUGGAAGUGUGUGCAAGGUGCAAAAUAAAGAACCUUGUAGCCUAAAAAAUCCGGACGUUAUUCUGACAAUGAGGAAAAGUCGCGGUUCCAGGCCUGUGAGUCCAGAACAUCAUUGUGGCUGCAGGGGGAAAGUGCACAGGAAACAACAGGGGCAUCCGGCCCUGAGCCACGAAGUAGGGGAUGGCAAGCGGGACGAGAGGCACAAGCUCCAGGGCUGAGACCCGCACCGGGCUAGCACUCAGAGGGCGGGGGCUCAAGUUUCAGUGAUUUGAAUGGACCGUGGGGUGACUGGGCUCAAGGGAAUGACGAGGUCAGUGAGGUUGUGCAAGUCGGGGGGGGGGGCCCUGCACCCUGGCCCGGGCUCGGGAGAGGUGGGCAGCGGGGUCCGCAGCCGGAAGCGAAGCCGGGGCCCUCACUCCUGCGCGACGGAGCGCACCGCCCGGCCCUGCCCAAGCCGCCUCCAUCUCCCUGGCCGUCCCCAGAUUUCCCCACAUCGGAGAAAUCCGAACCCAUACCUCGCGGCGGAUCCGAACCAAACCCGGGCCUCCUCUGGCUCGGCACCGCCCUGCCUUCCCGCGCGCCCCCAGCGGCGGAGGCAGCGACAGGAAGCGCCGCCCGAGAGGCGGCUCGAGCACAGCACGUGACCUCACGGCGGGCAGCUCGACGUGCGCAUGUGCGGGGCGGGCUCUCUGACAGGUGACUCCAGGCGUGAGGGUCUCUGUGCGCAGGCGCCUUCAGGCAGGUAGCGCGAGACCAGGCGACUGUGGCGACUUCAGGCUCUUCGGCAGGGCACCCACUGCCUAUGAGAGUGUAGUAGGCGCGGCCUGGGCGAGGGUUAGCGGUGUGCAGGCGGCAGCCAUGUGGUCCUUCGGCCUCAGGUCUCGGAGUAGGAAAAGUUUCUUUAUCUGUGGAAAUUUCAGUCCACAUCAGCUGGCUCUAAGGCAGCAGUUCAUGGUGGCAGAAGACAGCAAAAGGAACAGGUGCAAAAGGGGAGAAGAGAGAGCAAGCCUCUUUCCUUCCAUUGUGUUAUAUGCAGGUUCCCCGGACCAGGGCAGGUGUAGCACUCACUCCCACAAUUCCAGCAUUGGACCAUGAGCCAAUCAGAAACUCUAGAAGCCCACCCCUAUGAUUGUGCUGAGACUUUAGGGGGGACAUCCAGACACAAACCAUAUCUUUGCUAAAUUAUUUCAAAAGUAGAGACAUCAUAACAAUGACUUCUUAUUCAUCAUGAAUCUCCUAAGAGCAUUCUCUACAAAACCUCAGGAAAUGUAACACUUAGUACUUUUUAGUACAACCGGCAUAUGAAAAACCAGGUUUGCAAGUUUUGGAAGUCAAAAGUAAAUCGUCAGACUACUCGUGAGGAUGAUAAAGAAGAUCCACUAUGGUAACACAUGCAUUUUCAUAACAAGACUGGUAUGGUUGUAUAAUGAUGAUAACUUUGAUGUUGACCAUGUGAGCCAAGUUCUUGUGACAGGGAAAUAGAGCAAGGAUCAACCAAUACAGAUCUCCUUGAUUCAGAGAUAAAACAGCAAUUCCAGAUCGACGGAACUCUGCAAGGAUGGCUCUCAGGAAGCCCUGUUCCAAGACGGAGGAAUUCCUUCAAGGAAAGGAGAAGAUGGGAGUUUUCAUAAGAGGCUGCACUGAAAGGAACCAGUCAUGAGGACCGAGAGCCAGUUGACCUUCCCUGCAGACACAAAAGAAGGGACAGCAGGCUGUUCCUGCUUUGGCAAUGUGCCAGUAUGCUGGCACAGAGUGAGUUCCAGGGGCAAAGUGAACAACAGCAAGACAAAAAAAAAAAAAUACUUACCUGGGUACACCUUGCAAAUAAUGAGAAACAGCUGAAUUUUCUAUUAAUCUAAUUGUUUGCUCCCUUGUCUACACUGAAUAAAGAUACUCAAGAGUUCUCUGUCCACUAGAGACAAAGA